AUGGAGCUGGAAAGAAUCUUUCCGGCCCUGUUUACGCAAUCGGAGGACUCCCCAGUUCGCCCGCGGGACGCGACCCUGUACCUGCUGCGCUGCAUCUUCCUGAUGGGCGUACGUAAGCCCCCUGCAAAGUUCUUCAUGGCCAACGUCCUUUGGUCCAUUGCCCUGAAUUUCUGUUCCAUAUUUUACCAACCCAUCGGAUUUCUCACGGGCUACAUCAGCCAUUUGUCGGAGUUCUCGCCGGGAGAGUUUCUUACUUCGCUCCAGGUGGCGUUUAACGCGUGGUCCUGCUCCACCAAGGUGUUGAUUGUGUGGGCACUGGUCAAACGCUUUGACGAGGCUAAUGCCAUCCUCGACGAGAUGGAUAAACGUCUCACAGAAGCCCCAGAGCGACUACAGGUUCACUGCGCUGUCUCCCGUAGCAACCGGACUAUUUUUUUUUACAUGGUUUACGCCACGAAUACGUUCCUUUCAGCUAUCUUUAUUGGAAGGCCCCUAUACCAAAAUUACUAUCCGUUCCUGGACUGGCGAUCCAGCAGGUUGCACCUCGCCCUGCAGGCCGGCCUGGAGUACUUCGCCAUGGCCCAAUGCUGUGGCUCCUACAGUUUCGGAAGAUUCACAUAG